GUUAAAAUUGCGUUUUCAAGCCACAAAUGCCCAUUUUAUCUAAAUAUGAGGCUAAAUGUGGUAGUACGACCGUAAUUGCCUGCACGUUUGUUGACAAACUUAAUUCGUAGCUAAAGACGAAGGCGUCGUUAGCAUGCGAGCCAUAUGUCUUGGGGUUAGCUCGGACUUGGUUUCACCGCUAAUUCGUAGUGUUUGAAGUCAGAUAAUUUGUGUCAAACUAACGUCGACGUGUUUGUAAAUACGCGCACCCAAUGGCAAGAUGUAGUUUUAAUUGAUACAUCUUGGUGACCAAAGAGGUUGCAGUUAUGGACUCCGGUGUGAUUGAAGGAGGGCUCAAUGUCACCCUUACCAUUAGGCUGCUCAUGCACGGCAAGGAGGUUGGAAGCAUUAUUGGAAAGAAAGGUGAAUCUGUCAAGAAGAUGAGAGAAGAGAGUGGGGCUCGCAUCAACAUCUCUGAGGGCAACUGUCCUGAGAGGAUCAUUACUUUGGCAGGUCCAACCACCGCCAUAUUUAAAGCAUUCUCCAUGAUCAUUGAAAAGCUGGAAGAAGAUAUAAGCAGUUCAAUGACAAACAGCACAGCUACCAGCAAGCCCCCAGUGACCCUACGCAUUGUGGUGCCUGCCAGUCAAUGUGGCUCCCUCAUUGGAAAAGGUGGCUGCAAGAUCAAGGAAAUUCGAGAGUCAACCGGUGCUCAGGUACAAGUGGCAGGUGACAUGCUCCCCAACUCCACAGAGCGUGCCAUCACCAUCGCUGGCACUCCUCAGUCCAUAAUUGAGUGUGUGAAGCAGAUCUGUGUGGUUAUGCUGGAGUCUCCUCCUAAAGGGGUAACUAUCCCCUACCGACCCAAGCCUUCAGGAUCCCCCGUCAUCUUUGCAGGCGGACAGGCAUAUGCUGUACAAGGGCAGCACGCGAUUCCACAGCCAGAUUCUUCCUCUGCUGCUAUCUCUCCACAGCUCACCAAGCUUCACCAGCUGGCCAUGCAGCAGAGCCCCUUCCCCAUCGCACCAAGUAACCAGGGAUUCACUGGAAUAGAUGCUGCUGCUCAAACCAGUUCUCAUGAGAUGACCAUUCCAAAUGAUCUUAUUGGGUGCAUCAUCGGCCGCCAGGGAGCAAAGAUCAACGAGAUCAGACAAAUGUCAGGCGCCCAGAUCAAGAUUGCGAAUCCAGUGGAUGGAUCGACUGACCGCCAGGUCACCAUUACAGGCUCGCCUGCCAGCAUCAGUUUGGCAGAGUACCUCAUCAAUGCCAGUGUAGAGUCCUCUAAACCUCCUCCUCCCUCCUCCUCCUCCUUGAACCCUGAACAGACCAGCCUGUGCCCUUCCUCCACCUCUACUACUACUACUACCACUACUACUACUACUACCACCACCACCACCUCCUCUGCUGCUACCUCCUCCUUCUCUUCCUCCUCCUCCUCCUCUUCUUCCUCCUGUGUGGUGCCCCCCUCAGCCUCCAUUCCUCUGUCCUUGUUGGCUCCUGGGCCUCCUCCUCCUUCCUCUUCCUCCUCCUCCUCUUCCUCCUCCACUGAUUCCCUGCUCCCAAGCUCUCCUGCCUGUGUGUCAAGUCUCCUAAGUCUCAAGCCCCUUCCUCUCCUGGCACUCCAUGUUGUCAGUGGGGCCAGUAACCCUGCACACCCAAUCCCCACUGAGCCCAAAAUCGCCCCAGAGCUGGGCUCCAAGUCUAAAAGGCGAAGGCUCUCCCCUUACUAAUGAAGGAAACAUAAGUCAUCUACUACUAAAGUACUGACAGUUCUCUUUGUUGUCUGUACCUGCACUUGCUUUUGUAUCUGGCUGCGCCAUGCCAUGCUUACUACAGAAAACAAAUGCACACAAACCGGUGUUUUAAAGCCAAACAGAAGGUUGCUGCCAUAUUUAUUGAAUAAGUAUCUGUAGCUUGAUUUGGCCUGUCUCCUAAAGAAAUGACAUGUUGAGUGCAUUAUAUUUUUAAAUGACUUUGAACUUCGCAUGGACAGUGAAUAAUGUCACUGAUUUACUAAAGCAUUUCUUUGUGUCAGCUCUGCUCAGGUAGCGGCUCUCUUUAAGAUGUCACAUUGUAUUUAUGGGAAUAGUUUUUGUUGUGAACUUUAAGUGACUAUUGCUAUCAUAAUGAAGAGUAUGUGGUUUUUCUGCUUGUGUAAGAAAUAAUUGUAACUUUAAUUCCACGUAAAUCUGCCCUCAGGAAACAAAGGCACCAAAAUCAUCUUUUAGGUUAAAAAGAAAAUUCAAAACGUUUGAGCGAUUCAUCUUUAAUUUAAGGGAAGAUUUGAUAUUAUGGGAAAGGCAACUUCACAGAGCUUGAUAAGAAGUUUAACAGCGCUGUCAUCUAUAGUUGAGAUUGCUACCCUUGCUCAGUCAAAUGCUAACCGAUAGGCCUGCCAUCACCAGGAUUAUGUGCCAAGUAAUUUCUCGUUCAGCCACUUCCUCGAGUGACAACAAGAUGUCUCAAGCCUCCCAUUCCCUCGCCAAGAAAUAGUCUGGUUCAUAACCUACUGUAAAGGCAAAAGUUAUUUAAGCUAAUUAAAUGUUUUUGAGCAGAAGAAAAGCUGCUGGACUGUCCUAAUGAUGAGAUGAGCUAAUCAGGUGGUUUGGAACUUCUUAUCAAACUCCUAGCAAUAAAGCAACUUUUAUUCCAAAAUACUUAACUCUUAAAUUAACCUCAAUUUUCAACCAUUAAGAAUCAGUCUGAGAUGUUUGAUCAGCUGUUGAACAAACCUAUUGACAGCCGUAGCAGACAAAGCUGCUGCACGCCCAUUCCAUUAACCCAGCCAGUCUCCUACGCAGGUGUAUUCUUCUAUUGUUGUAAUGUACCGUACAUGAGGUUGACAUUUAUCUCGUCUGAUUGCAUGCCUUAUUCUCUCUCCCUCCCUGGUCUCUGGGUGUCUCUCUGUCU